AUGAAACUUGAAAAUCAAGAGGAUACCGCCUCCUCUGACGAGGAAGCGGUACCUCGUAUCACAGGCGCGGCACAAAAACGUGCUCAAAGCGCCAUGUUUUCGACCCUCCUCGCCCAGCAUGCGCUGGAUGAUUUAGUGAUCACAAAAGAGCGGCCCCAAAUCAUCUCAGACGCCGAGCUUUCUACUUCACGACUAUUGGCCAAGCAAGACGGAGGAGUAGCGCUUGACCCUCGUGAAUAUCAAAUUGAGCUCUUUGAACGAGCAAAGGCUCAAAAUACGAUUGCAGUUUUGGAUACUGGCUCAGGAAAAACUCUCGUUGCAGUGCUUUUGCUGAAACACAUUAUCCAAAAAGAGCUGGUGGACCGUGGGGCUGGGGCACAGCAUCGAGUAUCUUUCUUUCUGGUUGAUAGCGUCACUCUGGUAUUCCAACAAUCGGGUGUCCUCCGCAACAACCUAAACCAGAAGGUUGCCCACUUCUUUGGCGGGUUGGGGGCGGAUUUGUGGGACAGGGCGACCUGGAAAAAGCAUCUAGAGACCUAUAUGGUCAUAGUUUGCACGGCGGAGAUUCUCAAUCAGGCUCUACUGAACGGGCACGUCAGGAUGGAUCAAAUCAAUCUCCUGAUCUUUGACGAAGCUCAUCAUGCCAAAAAGGAGCAUCCUUACGCCAGAAUUAUCCGCGAGGCAUACCUGGGUAUGGAAGUCGAAAAACGCCCACGAAUUCUCGGAAUGACAGCCUCUCCGGUGGAUGCUAAAUGCAACAUUGCAGAGGCAGCGAUGAAGCUUGAGACGCUUCUGGACAGCCGGAUCGCAACCACCGCAGACCUCUCACUCCUGCGACACUUUGUGAGUCGACCCAAGGAAGAGGUAUGGGCUUACGAGACACUAGGCACGCCUUUUGAAACGGAACUACAUGGUACACUCAAAGCUAAGUAUGGACAUAUUACAAUUCUGGGCCAUUUCUUCCAAAUUGCAUUACAUGCAAGCUCCGAGCUUGGAGGCUGGUGUGCUGAUCAAGUAUGGCCUCUGGCGCUGGCAAUCGAAAUGCUUCCCAAGAUUGAAGGUCAGAUCGCAAAGAACGUCGAUGUUGACUUUGAAAAUUCAGCAAAAGUCUCCAAAGAGAUCAAGGAGAUCCAAAACGCCAAUGAAUUUGUCAUAAAUUAUUUGUCAAAUCAUUCCGAUGGACCGCGAGACCUCAGCUCGAAAGUUCAACUACUUCUGAAGAAGUUAGAAGAGCAAUUCAAACAAUCACCCGAUACAAAGUGCAUUGUGUUUGUGAAGCGACGCAACACGGCCAAGAUCUUGUCACAGCUUUGCAAAAGAUUGCAAAUUCCGAAUCUGUGUACUGACGUCCUGGUCGGUGUUCGAAAGGGAGAUACGGUGGGCAUGAACUCUACGUAUCGUACCCAGUUCCUUACUUUGAUCAAAUUCCGACAGGGAGUGUUGAACUGUUUGUUCGCAACAUCAGUCGCCGAAGAAGGCCUCGAUAUCCCGGAUUGCAACCUAGUCGUAAGAUUUGAUCUGUACGACACCGUCAUUCAAUAUGUCCAAAGCCGUGGACGGGCCAGACACAGUGAUUCGAUCUAUGCAACCAUGAUCGAAGCUGGAAACGAGAAUCAUGAGAGCAAGCAGCAAGAGGUUCGAAAGGCAGAGGCUCUCAUGAGAACCUUUUGCAAUGUGCUUCCGAAAGAUCGACUGCUGAAGGGAGCCGAACAUGAUCUGGACGAGGUCCUCCGAGAAGCCCACCUCAACAGAACAUACACUAUAAACGAAACCGGGGCUAAGCUGACAUAUCGCCAUGCGAUCGAUGUUCUGGGUCGAUUUGCCAGCUCAUUGCAAUAUGAGAAAGAUCUGUCGGCCCAGGCUACGUAUAUUGUUGCAACACAGAAUGAAAAGUUCAGUUGCGAGGUAAUUCUUCCAGAGAAGUCUCCCAUUCGAGGAGUGUUGGGUAAUCUCGAGAACAAGAAAUCCCUAGCUAAACAGGCGGCCGCAUUUGACCUAUGUCUGUUGCUCCGAAGAAAUCACUUGUUGGAUGACCACUUCAACUCUGUCUACCACAAGCGUCUACCGGCCAUGCGAAAUGCAAAGUUGGCUCUCACAGCCAAUAAGACAGACCAGUAUGCCAUGCGUACCAAGCCAUCGAUCUGGGCCAGAAACCGAGGCACAGUCCAAAAAUGUCUUUUCGCAAAAUUGAUUAGCCUUGAUCCCUCAACGCCGCUCACACGGGAGCAUAGAAGCAUUUUGUUGCUGACACGGGAGCCACUUCCUUCCAUACCAGAAUUUCCAGUCUUCUUAGAACACAGUAUUGAAACCGCAGUCAGAUUGAGCGGCACUGAAAACUCGCUCAACGUUACCCCUGCGGAAAUAGAUCUCCUAACAGCCUUUACGCUUUCGAUUUUUCACGAUUUGUUUCACAAGACCUAUACUCGAGAGUCACAGCUGCUGCCUUACUGGAUAGCCCCGGCUCGAGAGAAAUUCCAAGCGACAAAUUCCUUCAGUGUCUUUGACGCUAUCGACUGGGAGGCUCUGAAUUACACUGAUGACAAUCAAAACCUUCUGUGGUCCCCGGACAUGAAGUCGGAAUCUCUGUUGAAUAGGCUCCUUUACGAUGACUGGAAUGGAAAGUAUCGGUACUUCCCAAUUUCCAUUGAUGAAACAUUGAUCCCUACAGAUCCUGUCCCUUCAUAUGUUCCAGCUCGAAAGUGGUCAAAAGACAUCAUGAAUUGGACAUUGAGUUUGAGCAAGAAUUCACGGCCCAAGUUUUUUGAACGCUGUAUCUGGGAUCAGCCUGUCUUGCAGGCAGAGAUAGUCUGUCUCCGAAGAAACCUCCUAGACAAGGCAAGCGAGGAGGAGAGAUCUGUCAACACCAAGGCCUUUAUUUGUCCUCAACCGUUGUGCAUUUCUGCGAUUUCAUUGCCUGUGGCCGCAACAUGCUUUGCGUUUCCCGCAAUUAUUAGUCGGAUUGAGUCCUACUUAAUUGUUCAAGAAGCAUGCGAGAUGCUAGGUCUUGAUAUUAAGUCUGAGUAUGCAUUGGAAGCUUUCACCAAAGACUCUGACAAUACAGAAGAGCACAGAGGUCUGCAACUUCAAAUUCAGCGAGGAAUGGGAAAAAAUUACGAGCGUCUUGAGCUGCUAGGUGAUUCGGUUCUCAAGAUGGCCACGUCGAUCUCACUUUUCGCUCAAAAUCCCGAUGACAAUGAAUACGACUAUCACGUCAACAGAAUGUGUCUCAUCUGCAACAAGAAUCUAUUUGCCACUGCAGCCCAACUGAAUUUAUACGAAUGGAUACGUAGUCGGGGUUUCUCUCGGAACAUGUGGUACCCACCAGGACUUGUCCUUGAAUAUGGACGAGAUCAUUCCAAAUUCGUCAAAAGUGAAGGAAGACAUGCUUUAUCAGAGAAGACCAUAGCAGAUGUCUGCGAGGCAUUGAUAGGAGCUUCUUUGCUUUCAGGGAGCAACGAGAAUCGUUUCGACAUGUCUAUCAAGGCCGUCACAUUAUUUGUUAAUCACUCGAGCCACACGGCGACAAUGUGGAAGGACUACAUUGAAGCUUACAAACUUCCAUCAUAUCAGAUUUCCAGGCCAGAUGCAGUCGACCUUGACCUCGCUCGGCAGAUCGAGAGGUUGGGUUACACAUUCAAAUACCCCCGUCUUCUGCGGUCUGCCUUUACGCAUCCAUCGAUUCCAUCUUCGUGGGCAAGAGUUCCCUGUUACCAGCGACUUGAGUUCCUAGGUGAUGCACUGUUUGAUUUGGUAUGCGUGGAAUACUUGUUCCAUCGCUUUCCAACUCGUGAUCCGCAAUGGUUGACUGAGCACAAGAUGGCAAUGGUUUCGAACAAGUUCCUGGGAGCCUUGGCCGUGAAGCUAAAUCUUCAUCCACAUCUUCAACACGCCAGUGCGCCUUUACUCUCUCAAAUCACGAGAUAUGCGGAGGCGCUUCAAGUUGCGGAUAGUGAGAGCGGUGGAGAAAUGGAUUAUUGGAUUUCGGCUCCGGAUUCUCCAAAAGUAGCUCUUCCCGAUAUGGUCGAGGCCUACGUUGGGGCUAUAUUCGUUGAUUCUGGGUUUGACUUGACAGUAGUUGAGAAAUUCUUCCAAACGCACGUCCUGCCCUUCUUUGGCAAUAUGUCCAUCUAUGAUACAUUUGCAAACAGGCACCCAACGACUUACCUUCAUAAUAGAAUUGCACAGGAAUUCCGAUGUAAUGACUAUUGUUUGAAGUCUGGAGAAAUUCCAGGCGUGGAUGGAGAACCUCCUACCAUUCUCGCCAUAGUCAUGGUACAUGGAGAACCUGUGGCAAAAGCUGUUGCAACGUCUAGUCGAUAUGCCAAAAUCAAAGCCAGCUCUAGGGCCUUAGAGACUCUUGAGUCCAUGACGCGCACUGAUUUCCAGGCCAGGUACGAUUGUGCUUGCCACGAUGAUGAGACAGCACAAGCUGUGGAAAUUGGGACUGCGGUAUGA